AUGACCAUACAAGACGAAGAGAUACGGCGAAUUUGGGAGGUCGAAAACACAGGCAUCAACGAAAACCCCUCACCAACGGCUGCGGGUAAUGAAGUACUGGCAGAGUUUCAGCGUAACAUAAAGAUUGCCAACGGGCGUUAUGAGGUGUGCCUCCCCUGGAAGCACAUCGACGUCCCCUUGCGUGACAAUCGCGAUAUUGCGGAGAAAAGACUGAGGCGGUUGGUAAAUCGGCUGGCACAUGAUGACGAGCUGAUUACGGAGUACGACAAAAAUAUUCGAGCCUAUCUGCUGAGCGGCCAUGCUGAACCAGUGCCUGCAUCUGGGUCGAAGCCAUCCAAACGCGUGUACUACAUGCCCCAUCGUGAGGUCAUCCGACCUCAGUCAACGUCAACGAAAAUGCGGGUCGUCUUUGACGCGUCAUCGCAUUCUGGCUCUUGUACAUCUCUCAACGACCACCUAGAAAAGGGGCCAAAGGUGCAACCAGACUUGUUGGACGUAUUGAUCCGCUUCAGAAUGCACUCAAUUGGAAUUACUGCGGACAUAGAAAAGGCUUUUCUGCAGAUCAGCGUUGACGAACGCGACAGGGAUGCCUUGCGUUUCUUAUGGUUUGACCAUGUGCCGCAGCGGAAGAACUUAACCCUCAGUACGAAUAUUGUGGAAUGGCGGAUGCAGCGUGUACCUUUCGGCACAUCGGCUAGUCCAUUCCUGCUCGCGGCAACGCUACUGUACCAUUUCAACUGCGUCACCGGUGGUCUGCAGGAGACGGCUGAGGUCCUAGCCUCAUCAUUCUAUGUUGACGACCUUCUGACCGGAGCAGCGGACGUGGAGUCAGCAAUUAAGCUCUACAGGGAAGCAAACGACAUCACUGAGAAAGCGAAAAUGCGCCUAUGCAAGUGGGCUUCUAACUGUGCAACUCUUCGAGAUGUUUUUGCUCCAGAGGAGGGGGUUGUCCCGAACAGUGACUGCAAGACGACAAAGGUGCUUGGGACGGUGUGGGACAAAAGCGAGGAUACACUUUCGUGUAGUUUAGACUCAAUCCUCAACUACGUCGAUCGCCUCACAGGCACCAAACGCAACGUACUGCAAGCUGCAGCCAGGAUUUACGACCCUCUCGGAUUCCUUAAUCCGUUCACCGUGCGAGCAAAAAUGCUGUUCCAAGCUUUGUGGGUUGAGGAGAAUGAGUGGGAUUCACCUAUGUCAGAAGACAAGCAAAAACUCUGGAACGAAUGGUGCAGCGAAAUUCCGGAACUGACAAAGGUCAGCGUGGACCGUUGCUUCCUGCCAAGCGGUCACAGAAAUCCGCAACUCCACAUAUUUUGUGACGCAAGUCCCAAGGGCUACGGGGCUGUAGCGUAUCUUCGAGUUGAGAACAAAGACGGAACUGUGACAUCAACAAUUGUUCUCUCUAAAUCUCGAGUAGCCCCCCUUAAAAAGUUGACCCUGCCUCGCCUGGAACUAAUGGCUGCGUUGAUCGGCUCGAGAAUGUUGAACUACCUUAGGCGGACCUGCACAGGAUUGGAUUUUGACUACUUCCUAUGGUCGGACUCAAUGAUUGCGCUUUGGUGGAUAAGAAGACCCCCGAGUGAAUGGAAGCAGUUCGUGAGCAACCGCGUUGAGGAAAUUCAGCAAAAGACCGAUCACCGAAGAUGGAAACAUUGUCCGGGGACGGACAACCCUGCCGAUUGUCUUACUAGAGGCAUGCCCGCGAGGGCACUGGUGGAUAGCAGCACCUGGUGGCAGGGACCCGCUUGGCUUCAUCUCGACUCGUCAAGUUGGCCAAACAGCGACGUCGAAUGGGACGACAUGACAAACGACGAGAGGAGUUUCAAAUCUAGCAUCCUGCAAGUCUCGGUGUCAUCGAAUUCGGCAAUCAUGGAUGCAGAGAAAUACAGCAGCCACCGGAGACUGACAAGAGUUACCGCUUGGGUCCUACGCUUCGAGCGUAACGUGCGAUGCCGUAACGGUCGAACUGUCGGCACUCUAACGGUCAAGGAGCUCAACGACGCGGAUAACCUUUGGGUAAAGCAGGCACAGGCGGAGCAUUUCGCCGAGGAGGUUAAUCUGCUACAGAUGGGUCAUCCAGUGGCACCUGAUUCAAAGUUGACCAAUCUGCGACCGUACCUGGACGACAACGGCAUCAUACGCUUACGGACGAGACUGCAGUGCGGAGCAGAUGGAGAGGACGUGAAAUGUCCAAUCAUACUUCCCCGCGCGCAUCACUACACGAAACUUGUUGUGGAACGUGCUCAUCACAGAACACUGCACGGAGGCUUGCAAGACACAUUGAACGAAGUAAGAGAGCGCUGGUGGAUUCCACAAGGCCGACAACUAACAAAAGCGCUCAUAUUCCGAUGCAUCACCUGCUCGCGUAAUCGGGUCAAGGCAGCUUCAGCUCCCACUGCUCCACUGCCAUCUGACAGAAUUACUCCCAACCAGCCCUUCGAAGUAGUGGGAGUGGACUUUGCUGGGCCUGUGAUGGUGCGAUCCGAGCGCGGCUCGUCAAAGUCGUACAUUGCGCUUUUUACGUGCGCAACAACGCGGGCCGUGCACUUCGAACUCGUUUCGGAUCUUACAGCACGCUCAUUUCUCAUGGCGUUUCGCCGUUUCGUUUCCCGACGAGGAUUACCGAAUACUGUGUACUCGGACAAUGCAUUGACCUUCAAGAAAGCGUGCCGGGAUAUUCAGAAGUUGCAGACGGCUGUGCGACAGAGCGAGAUCCAGGAUUAUUUCGCCUCCCACCAAAUAAAGUGGAAAUUCAUCGUUGAGAGGGCAGCGUGGUGGGGCGGCUGGUGGGAAAGGCUAGUGCGUACGACGAAGCAGUGUCUCCGAAAGGUACUUGGACGACAGUCUUUAACGUUCGAAGAGAUGAUGACUGUGCUGCAGGACGCCGAAGCGUCGAUAAAUUCUCGCCCGCUUACGUACUUACACGCAUCACCUGACGAGCCUGCCGCGUUGACGCCUGCUCACCUGCUGAUUGGUCGACGACUCAUCGCACUUCCGAGUGGUGAACAUCAACAGCCGUCAUCAUCUGCGACCGACCUUUCCCGUCGAUGGUGUCACCGCCAGAGAAUAGCUGAUCAUUUCUGGAGAAGGUGGCACAGAGAAUAUCUGCUACAUCUGAGGUCUGCCCACGUCUCUAAGCCCGUGGGGUACCAUUCGCUGAAGGAAGGAGAUCUUGCCUUACUGCAUGAAGACAAGGUUCCACGCAAUCUUUGGAAAACCGUGCGGGUUGUGACGCUACACAAGGGAAGGGAUGACAAAGUCCGAGCAUGUACCAUAAAGCUGCCAACGGGGAACGUGACAAGAAGACCGGUACAGCUACUAUACCCCCUUGAAGCAUUGCUGGGAUGA